AUGACUGAAACGGGGAGUGCCAUGGGGAACCAAGGAGGAAUCUUGGUUUGUCAGCAGAGUUUGCGAAGAAAUAUUUUGGAGUUUAACCAAGCACAGCAACAGCAACCCAGAAUGAAGGAAACGGUCCAAAAGAGAUGGAAACCCCCUGGGAAUGGACUGUGUAAAGUGAAUAGAGAUAGGAAAGUAGGGGGAUUCAGGGCAAUAAUAAGGGAUGCAGAGGGCCAGGUAAUGGAAGCACAUGCUGACAUCCUGCCAUGGAUAACAGACCCUUUCAGCGCUGAAGCGACUGAUGCAACUCAUGCUUUAAACUUUGCUGAAGAGAUGGGUUUUCAUGACAUAAUUCUGGAAGUUGAUGCUUUAACCAUAUUGAGGAACAUGCUGCAGAUGAACCAAGAAUUUUCUCCCAUUAGAGCUUUUACUGAAGAAGCUAGAGCUAAAGCUGCAACAUUCAAGAGCUGCACUAUACUGCACGUAGGCCAUUCUGGUAAUGAAGCAACACAUAGGUUAGCAAAGAUUGCUUUGGGGACUCAUGCAGGAAAGUAUUGGAUUGAGGAAUACCCAGAGUUUUUACAGCAAAUUGUAUCAAACGAUGUUGUUUUCUCUGAUCAAUGA